CUCGGGGCUCAUAGCUUGAGUUCAGCACUGAUCGAGCCCUAUUCCUCAGCCGACCAUUGCAGUGAACAGUCAGAAGCCAGUCGUGUCUCUCUCCGAGGCCGGAUGGUAAAAUCCAACCUCCAGCGGAUCUUAAACAGUCAUUGCUUUGCUCGCGAGAAAGAAGGAAAACCACAGUGCUGUACUACAAUGGCGGAUUUAAGUAGUAACGUUAAUAUUUGUGACAUGAUUGGCAAGUAAGUGAAGACGGAGAAAAUAGCGAAGUGAAGUGGGGGAUGGUGCAUUUUUCAGUGACGAGGAAGUAGCUACGAAUAUAAACUGGGAUUUAAUUUCUUAUGACGUGUAAAAUAUUAAUAUUUGUCCAGAACUGGUUAGCUAGCUAGGCAAUCUAUGAAAAAUAUCCUAAAUCAAUUUGGAGUGAAGAAUGAUAUUGUUUCAGGUUAGUCCUCUCCCUUACCGUUAUCCUAAACUAGCUAGCCUAGAGACGUCAUUUAUAUAACAGAAGCUAGGCUAAACGGUUAGCUUGCUAGCUACAUUAUCAAGGUCCUCUAGGAAGCCUAGCUAUAUCAAUUAUCACAUUUCAUAAAUGGAACACCUUAACCAUUUAUUUCAAUGGUUGCCAAUGACAUCGUUUUGUAGUUUAGCUAGAUAAGAUGAGCUAACGUUAGCUGUGAGUGUGUAGUUAGCUAGCUUGCCACCUGAAAGCACACAUAGUCAGGUAGCUAGCCACCGUUAACUCGCUGGUCAACGAAUUAAAAGGGCCAAAAUGAAACUGUCAUUAGAAUGGCUUGUUUCAUGGAUGAGCAACUUAAAAAACAGAAGAAACACGCAUUGUGGAAAUCCGCGUCCGUUGUUACCUUUUGUCUCUCUAAACACAAUUUAUUAUUUAAUCAGGGGCUCAGUUGGUAGAGCAUGGCGCUUGCAACGCCAGGGUUGUGGGUUCGAUUCCCACGGGUGGCCAGUAUGAAAACUGUAAGUCGCUCUGGAUAAGAACGUUUGCUAAAUGACUAAAAUGUAAGGCCUAAGUGACGCAUCGUCGGUCCUCCAUUUUGACGUCACAAACGCUUUUACAGUUACAUUGUAACAUUACACCUUUAUAAUAUUCGUCCCUCAAAAUGAUACACCCAAAACAAUAUUGGAGUCAUAAUGUCAAAGUAUUUUUUGAGUUCAUCCGAAUAAAUGAAAGAAUGUUGCAAUUACAUAUCUACGUGGGAUGAAUUCAUUAUUUCAUGUAGUAUGAAGAAAGAGAAAAAAAAAUUAUGCACUCACUAACUGUAAGUCGCUCUGGAUAAGAGCGUCUGCUAAAUGACGUAAAUGUAGUAGGCUACUUAUACUUUUGACUGGCAGGUUUUUGUUCAUCGGGCAGAUACGCAUUUUAGAUUGUGCACGUUUUUCCCAUCGUGGGGCAUUCCGAGUCUUUUCGGCUCCGUUCACUUAAACGAGCCGGCUCCCAAACGGCUCUUCGUUCAAAAUGUACCUAGCUAAAACCCUGGGGAAAAAAAAUCCCGAUAUCCAACGUAUAGCGCAAAAGGUAAGCUACAAUUAUGUCAGAUCGUGAAAUGCGCGUUCAAAUACAAUUUUACCUGCCCCCCCCCCAAAAAAAAAUGUAUGCCCUGAAAAAAUUAGCGUGACACGCUCUCCCCACUAUGUAUUGUUUUUGCGGUGAGGGGAGGAUUCACCCUCUCGAUAAUAACGUUGUUUUUUAGCUCAAAAGGCAGCAGUAGCAGUCAGCGCCAAAUGAACGGCUCUUUCACCGAUGCGAUUCGGCUCCCGACGUUCACCAAAAAGAGUCGUUCGUUCGCGAAUGACCCAUCACUAGUGCCCUCCUGAUUCAAGGCAGCCUCCAGAUGUUCCCUGAAGGGCGUUAGGCAACCUUCUGUGUACCAUACAAUGCUAUCAUCACAUACAUGAUGGAUCAUGUUUAUUAAUGAUGUCGUUUUGCCUUGGAAUAAUACAAUUUGUUUAGAUUAUAUGGCUUUAGUGUGACAUUACAUUUUGCCCUUUCAAUGAGUAUCACAAUUAUGAAGGAGGUGGUGAGCUCACAAGCAGUAGCGGUGCUUGGGUAAAAUGACUGGGGAUGCCAAUCCAGGGAAAGAAAGCCAUAUUACAACCUAUAUGUUGUGGUAAUUGUUGUGAUAAAGCAUUUUGCUACACCUGCAAUAACAUCUGCUAAAUAUGUGUAUGUGACCAAUAAAAUUUGAUUUGAUCAUUGCGUUGUUUGCUCUAUAACCUGUUAGUUCACAUGCCUUGCGACCGUGAUCCUAAAGCCGAAAAAAUAAGAAGACGCAGUGGCAGAGUAAAUUCAACCACAUCUUUUGUUUCAUCACAAAACCGGAGAGCAACCUCUGUCCGGUAAAGUCCACAAAGCAUAUUGCAUGUAACAAACAGUUACAUGACCUACAGCAUGGUCAAGCAAGUUAAUAUUAACAACAUUUUCAGACUAGUAAACAACUAUUGAUUUAAAACCACUGAGAGUUACCGCAAGUCGCAAAGAGAACUGGAGCUGCCGCGACUCUUCCAGCACCAUUUCAACUUCAUCAUCAAAUCACCGCUGCUUAGUCUAAUACAGUGUCAACUAAAGAUACCAAAAACAAUUUAGUCCAAUCAACGUACGCUAAAUAUGUGGAUGUCUAUGGAUCUGAUUUCUGUGUGUUUGUGCAAGUAGAAAAAAAACAUGUUGACUCACCCUCUGUCUUUUCGUGUUGACGAAACGGUCUAUGACUCAGUUAUACAGCUUUUAUUUUUUGUUGUCCUAGGCUACCUGGCUAAAAGGCUUGCUCGCUAGCCUAACUUCCUUUCAUGGGCAUAAAUGCAUAACAUUAGCCUACUAUAUCUAGCUACAUAUUGAACUUACAUCCUCUCAGGCCAGGGGCACAAUGUAUGAAUUUAUGGUUGGAUCAGAAUUGCCGUUAUAAUCAUUGGCCAGUACAGAGAAUUAAGUAAAACCACAAGUCCAAAUCCCGAUCUCCAUCCAUGGCUAAUUUAGGAAAGGGACAAUUUUAACUAGCUAGCUAGUCACUGGAGGACAACGAUCCAACAUUUCAAGUUUUUGUUUUCUCUGAUGUUUUGCUCUCGAUGUGAUUGGAGUGAAGACAAAUCCAAACUGGCUUCCUUUGCCACUUUUUUAUGGUGCACAGGACCAUUCACAGUUGAGCGCACUCAGUUUAGCUCAACGCUGAUUGGCUAUUGUUUUAUACUUUUUUUUAUCAAGGGAGGCCAAAUGCUCGCUGGCUUCCCUUGCAUUCAAUACUACAGGCGGCAACAAUGUCAUACUCUUUUGAAUCAGACAGCAUCAGAUCAAUGGCCUACACUAACAGAGCUAGAGGGGCGCUGUUUCGCUCGCUCUGAUGCUUUCUCCGGUGAGAUACAUUCAGCCUCUUGCGAAUUGAAGGACAAUUAUGAAACACAGAGAGACGAAACAGACAAUUAUUGUAUGUUGUUUUUAUUUAUUUUUGUGGGGAAGCCUGGCUUCCCUUGGCAUCCAUGAAUACACGCCACUGCCUACAUGGACAACAGUUCCAACCAAUAUAAUGCAGUAUGAGGGUGAAUGAAAUCACACAAUCAGUAUUUUGGUUACCAAUUUUACUUGCACUUGAUACAUCAAGCUUUGUUGCGCAUAAUCACAUCACCGUUAAACACCCACGCCAUCAUUCCUGCACUUAUCCGACCAAGCCAUUAUCUAGUCGGCCUGUAUUACACCAAAUAAUUAAAAUACACUGGGCAACACAAGAUUUAAGCCACAUUAUCUCGCAUAUUCAGAGUCUUAUUGCAAUCAAAAGCUUAAAAACAAAAAUGAAAGAUGAAUCUGUGUCUCUCCCUCCCCUCCCUGUCCAGCCUGUCCCUACACUGUUGUAGUACCCGCAGUCCGGGGCCUCUGUGGUGCUCCUGAUGCCCCUCUCCCACCCCUGAAGAUCCCAGGUGGGCGAGGGAAUGGUCAACGGGAUCACACUCCUUCAGCUCGGCCGCUCUACUCUGUGAGUACAUGCGCACAUUUAACAACGCUCAUGCAAAUGCAACCAUAAUAGAAUCUUUCAUAUGAAACAUUCAUAUUAUGCAUACUCCUAUAACACACCAAGACAUCACACGCACUCAUUGCAUACUGCAAAUAUAUUUAAGAUAUUACAAUUUAAAGCUGCAAUAUGUUACUUUUUGGCCGACCCGACCAAAUUCACAUAGAAAUGUGAGUUAUAGAUCUGUCUUUCUCAUUGAAAGAAAGUCUUAAGAAGCGGUAGAUAUGUUCUAUGUGUGAUAUUUCUAUGCUUCCCGUUAAGUUUCGAUUGUGUGUCAUUUACUUUCAGUUUUGUACACCAGCUUCAAACAGGUGAAAAUUCUAUAUUUUUGGUAAUGUAGUGUAUGUGGACAUGUGCUCGUCGAACAUCUCAUUCCAAAUUCAUGGGCAUUAAUAUGGAGUUGGUCCCCCCUUUGCUUUAUAACAGCCUCCACUCUUCUGGGAAGGCUUUCCACUAGAUAUUGGAACAUUGCUGCAGGGACUUGCUUCCAUUCAGCCGCAAGAGUAUUAGUGAGGUCGGGCACUGAUGUUGGGCGAUUAGGCCUGGCUCGCAGUCGGCGUUCCAAUUCAUCCCAAAGGUGUUCGAUGGGGUUAAGUUCAGGGCUCUGUGCAGGUCAUUCAAGUUCUUCUCGACAAACCAUUUCUGUAUGGACCUCGCUUUGUGCACUGGGGCAUUUUCAUGCUGAAACAGGACCUUCCCCAAACUGUUGCCACAAAGUUGGAAGCACAGAAUCGUCUAGAAUGUCAUUGUAUGCUGUAGCAUAAAUAUUUCCUUUCACUGGAACUAAGGAGCCUAGCCCGAACCAUGGAAAACAGCCCCAGACCAUUAUUCCUCCUCCACCUAACUUUACAGUUGGCACUCUGCAUUGUGGCAGGUAGCGUCGCCAUCCGCCAAACCCAGAUUUGUCCGUCGGACUGCCAGAUGGUGAAGCGUGAUUCAUCACUAGAGAGAACGCGUUUCCACUGCUCCAGAGUCCAAUGGCGGCGAGCAUUAUACCACUCCAGCCGACGCUUGGCAUUGCGCAUGGUGAUCUUAGACUUGUGUGGCUGCUCGGCCGUGGAAACCCAUUCCAUGAAGCUCCCAACGAACAGUUCUUGUGCUGACGUUGCUUCCAGAGGCAGUUUGGAACUCUGUAGUGAGUGUUUCAACCGAGGACAGACAAUUUUUACGCACUACUCGCUUCAGCACUCGGUGGUCCCGUUCUGUGAGCUUGUGUGGCCUACCACUUCGCGGCUGUGCUCCUAGACGUUUCCACUUCACAAUAACAGCACUUACAGUUGACCCGGGCAGCUCUAGCAGGGCAGAAAUUUGACGAACUGACUUGUUGGAAAGGUGGCAUCCUAUGACGGUGCCACGUUGAAAGUCACUGAGCUCUUCAGUAAGGCCAUUUUACUGCCAAUGUUUGUCUAUAGAGAUUGCAUGGCUGUGUGCUCGAUUUUAUACACCUGUCAGCAACGGGUGUGGCUGAAAUAGCCUAAUCCACUCAUUUGAAGGGGUGCCCACAUACUUUUGUAUAUACACUUUUCAAAAAGAUAAAGGGAACACUUAAACAACACAAUGUAACUCCAAGUCAAUCACACUUCUGUGAAAUCAAACUGUCCACUUAGGAAGCAACACUGAUUGACAAUCAAUUUCACAUGCUGUUGUGCAAAUGGAAUAGACAACAGGUGGAAAUUAUAGGCAAUUAGCAAGACACCCCCAAUAAAGGACUGGUUUUGCAGGUGGUGACCACAGACCACUUCUCAGUUCCUAUGCUUCCUGGCUGAUGUUUUGGUCACUUUUGAAUGCUGGCGGUGCUUUCACUCUAGUGGUAGCAUGAGACGGAGUCUACAACCCACACAAGUGGCUCAGGUAGUGCAGCUCAUCCAGGAUGGCACAUCAAUGCGAGCUGUGGCAAGAAGGUUUGCUGUGUCUGUCAGCGUAGUGUCCAGAGCAUGGAGGCGCCACCAGGAGACGUGGAGGAGGCCGUAGGAGGGCAACAACCCAGCAGCAGGACUGCUACCUCCGCCUUUGUGCAAGGAGGAGCAGGAGGAGCACUGCCAGAGCCCUGCAAAAUGACCUCCAGCAGGCCAGAAAUGUGCAUGUGUCUGCUCAAACGGUCAGAAACAGACUCCAUGAGGGUGGUAUGAGGGCCCGACGUCCACAGGUGGGGGUUGUGCUUACAGCCCAACACCGUGCAGGACGUUUGGCAUUUGCCAGAGAACACCAAGAUUGGCAAAUUUGCCACUGGCGCCCUGUGCUCUUCACAGAUGAAAGCAGGUUCACACUGAGCACGUGACAGAGUCUGGAGACGCCGUGGAGAACGUUCUGCUGCCUGCAACAUCCUCCAGCAUGACCGGUUUGGCGGUGUGUCAGUCAUGGUGUGGGGUGGCAUUUCUUUGGGGGGCCGCACAGCCCCCCAUGUGCUCGCCAGAGGUAGCCUGACUGCCAUUAGGUACCGAGAUGAGAUCCUCAGACCCCUUGUGAGACCAUAUGCUGGUGCGGUUGGCCCUGGGUUCCUCCUAAUGCAAGACAAUGCUAGACAUCAUGUGGCUGGAGUGUGUCAGCAGUUCCUGCAAGAGGAAGGCAUUGAUGCUAUGGACUGGCCCACCCGUUCCCCAGACCUGAAUCCAAUUGAGCACAUCUGGGACAUCAUGUCUCGCUCCAUCCACCAACGCCACGUUGCACCACAGACUGUCCAGGAGUUGGCGGAUGCUUUAGUCCAGGUCUGGGAGGAGAUCCCUCAGGAGACCAUCCGCCACCUCAUCAGGAGCAUGCCCAGGCGUUGUAGGGAGGUCAUACAGGCACGUGGAGGCCACACACACUACUGAGCCUCAUUUUGACUUGUUUUAAGGACAUUACAUCAAUGUUGGAUCAGCCUGUAGUGUGGUUUUCCACUUUAAUUUUGAGGGUGACUCCAAAUCCAGACCUCCAUGGGUUGAUACAUUUGAUUUCCAUUGAUAAUUUUUGUGUGAUUUUGUUGUCAGCACAUUCAACUAUGUAAAGAAAAAAGUAUUUAAGAUUAUUUCAUUCAUUCAGAUCUAGGAUGUGUUAUUUUAGUGUUCCCUUUAUUUUUUUGAGCAGUGUAUAUUGUAUUUCACAGUGGUUUAGAUGGUAUAAUUAUGCUCUACAUUGCUUGUUUUGUCACAUAAACUGAAAUUAGGUGAACUAUUAGAAUUUCAGCGACCAGGAAAUGGCGGAGCUAUUUCUGCAUAUUUCACCUUUAACCAGUUGAGCUGACAGCCGUUUUGCAAUGUUUCGCUAUGGCUUUAGUCAUCAAUCUAGCAAGAGGGCAAUAUCUUAUUAAUGUAGUAGUGUUUCCCCCCUAGAAAGCAAUGACCUUUGGCUUUCACCUGGAAUUGCUUAUUUAUGUCUGAGAAAAAAACACUUCAACAAUCUAGUACACAUAUGAUCAAGUACACAAAAGUAUAAUAAAAUAUAGACAAAUAUAUUAUAAAAAAUAAUAAUAAUUGUGAACGAAUAAGCCUUUUCAUACUUUAUAAUGUGUCCAUAUAUAGUUAGAAUUUGUUUUAGGAACAUCUACUCAAAAUAUUUUAUCUUCUUUAUUAGUUUACCAUGACAUUAGUGAUAGUCAAAAUCUGUUACAUUUGUGAACGCCUAAAUCAUCAUUUGGGCCAUUUAAACUGUGUGUAUCCCUCUUAUAGACAAGGGGAGAAGGGCUAUGUAAAGGGCUCGACUAUGUCGUUCUGAGCAAAUGCAAUGUGUCUGCCUCUGAUGUAAAACAAAUGUUUGACUUCCACACAAUUACUUAUUUACUUAUUUUAGGUUUGAGGAUUUUCUAUCGUAGAGCUAUGAAACGUAUCUAUUUAGAUCAUCCUGCUCGAGACAAAUUCAGCGAUUGCUUUGCCAUGUCUGUGCCGUGACGCAGUCGAGCUGGAUAAAUGUUUUUCUAACGUGCUGACUACACCGGGCACGCGCAUGUUGAUUUUUGUUCCAUCCACAACAGACUCGGAUCAGGACACGCAGGUUGAAAUAUCAAAACGCACUCUGAACCAACUAUAUUAAUUUGGGCACAGGUUGAAACGCAUAUGAAACAUUCAUGGACAUUUAGCUAGCUAGCUUGCUGUUGGUAGCUAAUUUGUCCUGGGAUAUAAACAAUAUAAAGAAAACAUUAUAUAUAGCAAGUGUGCCCACUCUGGUAUUGGCAUGUGCGCUCUAGCCAACAGCUCGCAGAUACAGUGUGGGUAUAGCCUACAUUAUGAAAUGAUUAUGGACAAAAGAGCGAUAUUAGUUUUAUUUGUCAAAUGGCAGCCAAGCAUCAAUGAUCAUGUCACCAGAAUAAGACCAUCAAUAUUUAUUGGAAAGGAGCAUCAAGCUCAUCGCUUUGCACUUUGAACACCCUGUGAAGUUCAUCAUCAUUUAUUUAAUCUGUAGCCUAAUAAACUGCAUGCUUUCCCGACGAGUCGUAGUGGGAGGACCACACGUCAUCACGUGAUUCCAAGUUUCGAUAUGGUGGUUAUUAUAUCAAUAUUUGCACAUAAGUGUUUCCACCGACAUUUCUCGGAUAAUACAUUUUACAGACACAAAAAGAUCCCAGCUUGUCUAUUGGAUUUUGUUUUGUCAACUUCUGGAAAGUUAACUGACAUUUUCUGUUUCCAUCAUGAUAAACUUAGGCAAAUGAAUACAUUUUCAAAACAUUUAGUUGGUUCCCUAUUAUGGUUAAUAUAUUGUUGAAUUCCGUUUUAAUGCCUGGAUUCCGUGAGGAACCUACCUAUUGUUCCUGCAGUGAUGAUUCUUCAUCGAAUGUUUUCAUAAUUUAUCUGCAGAUAAUCGCCAAAAAGCAUUGGCCUGCCAAUAGUCUAUGCAAAUUAGGGAGCCAAAAGAACGUCUCUCUAACCAACGUGAUUCAGUAGGCUACACUGACUAACAAGACUAGAGUCGGUCACUUUAGUUACUGUCUGGCAAGCCUCGACAUCCUAGGAAAGGAAACCUAGGAAAUCCUUUGGUUUACUUGUCCCGAAGCGAUACCAUGGAUAAAUAAUCACGUUGCAUGAUUUAUGAAUGGCAAAGGUGUAUAGGAGAUCAACUUUAUUCAGUCAGUUCGAAACCUUUUAUAAACUAGUCAACACUUGCUGUUCAGUUGUGAAUCAAAGCACAGUAAAUAGCCUACAAUGCGCCAUGACUCUGCGUGGCUGGCUAUGUGAACGCGAAGGAAAAUAAAUACAUUUCCCAGAAAAUAAUAAUUAGUCGUGGAUUUCAACUCAUCGUUACCACGUUACGUGGGACGUGCAAAUUCACGAGCAUCAUGCUCUCUCUCCCUCCUCCGUGUAAAGAAAUUUGACUGCAACCAACCACAGCGCACACACAUUGUACUGGAAGGCGGGACAGACGGCAGACUGCGUUUUCCUGUCAUCGCUCGCUUUGUGACUGACAGGUGCCUAUUCUAUCAAUAGGUCGCUAGAAGAUGCAUAUUGUUGAUUCUAGCAGGAGAGGGCUCGACAAACUAGCGAAUUGAAACAUUUAAAUGAAAAGUAGCCUAGUUAAUAUGAAGUGGAAAAAGUAGCCGGCUGACAAUGAGUCUGUAACCGGCUGAUUAGCUGAGGGCCCGCACAAUUGGAAAACACUUACUCAUUUAUAAUUAUUUGGUUGGCCGCAAACUCUACCAAGCCGUUUUUAGAAGCUGUAGGCAGGAUUUGCAUAUAGUGUGAAGUACUGUUUGAAAUAAAAACACCAAUUACUUUUCCAUUGCUAAAAUGUUAUUAGUAUGCUCUAGUGAACACAAUCCUGAAGUCAUCCAGGGAGUUGGUUCAUAAACGAUCCCUUCUUCAAGUGAAAUUAUUGAUGAACGCUCCCUCCUUCCCUCUAUGUUGGUUUUCCAGGACCGGAAGUUGACUGUGACAGAGGAGCCUGCGGGGAACGGUCGCCCCGGGAUUCUCCACUUCCAAAGUCGGCCCACUGUUUCCAAGGUGAUCCACUGGGACGCGGUGCUGAGCGGGAACGCUCUGUAUGUGGAGAUACCGAUGGACCCGCUCCCUGAGGGCAGCAAGGAGAGGUGUGUGCUCUGUAUGUGAAGAUACGCGUGUAUAAUUGUUUUAGUUUUUUACAUUUUGUUUUUGUCAUUUAGCAGACGCUCUUAUCCAGAGCAACUUACAGUUAGUGAGUGCAUACAUUUUCAUACUGGCCCCCCGUGGGAAUCGAACCCACAACCCUGGCGUUGCAAGCGCCAUGCUCUACCAACUGAGCUACAGAAGGCCUAAUAAUCUAAUGUUGUCUAACUAACCCUGUCUCCCUCUCUCUCUACAGUUUUGCGGCUCUUUUGGAGUAUGCGGAAGAACAUCUUGAAGUUGUCAGCGUGUUCGUCUGCUUUUACAAGAACAGAGAUGAUCGCGGUAUGUAAAGCGUAUUCACCAAACCUAUUAUGAUCUCAAUAGAUAUCACACACACACACACAGUGAGCUCAAAGUAUUGGGACAGUGACAUGUUUUUUGUUGGUUUGGCUCUGUACUCCAGCCCUUUGGAUUUUAAAUGAUACAAUGACCAAGGUUUAAUUUGAGGGUAUUUUCAUCCAUAUCGGGUGAACCGUUUAGAAAUUACAGCACUUUCUGUACAUAGUCCCCCCAUUUUAGGAGACUAAAAGUAUUGGGACAAAUUAACUUAAUGUGUGUUAAAGUAGUCAAAAGUUUAGUAUUUGGUUCCAUAUUCCUAGCACGUAAUGAUUACAUCAAGCUUGUGACUACAAACUUGUUGGAUGCAUUUGCUGUUUCUUUUGGUUGUGUUUCAGAUCAUUUUGUGCCCAAUAGAAAUGAAUGGUAAAUAGGUAUUGUGCCAUUUUGGAGUCACUUUUAUUGUAAAUAAGAAUAUAAUAUGUUUCUAAACACUUCUACAUUAAUGUGGAUGCUACCAUGAUUACGGAUAGUCCUGAAUGAAUCGUGAAUAAUGAGAAAGUUGCAGACGCACAAAUAUCAUACCUCCCAAAAUGCUAACCUCCCCUGUUAUGCUAACCUCUCAUCAUUACAAUGUCUUUGGAGUAUGAUAUUUGUGCAUCUAACUUUCUCACACAUCAUUAUUCACGAUUCAUUCAGGACUAUCCAAAACAAGAAAAUGUGUGUCACUGUCCCAAUACUUUUGGAGCUCACUGUUUAUGAUGGAAGGUAAUUUCUUCUAAUAUGUGUCCGUGUGUCCCCACAGCUAAACUUGUACGCACGUUCAGCUUUCUGGGCUUCGAGAUAGUGAAACCAGGCCAUGCCCUUGUCCCGCUACGACCUGACGUUUUCUUCAUGGCCUACAACUUUGACAAGGACUCUUCCUCUGAUGAGGAUUAGCGCUGACCCCUGUGGGGUGUUCCAGGAAGCAGGAUCAUCAACUUAGCCAGCUAACUUUGAUAAACAGCCAGAUAUAGGCCUCUUUUGAUUUUCUGGUUUAUUUAGAAAGUUAAACCUGAAUAUGGGUUUAUUGGUUGUCGAGUCAGUCAUACCAUUUCAAUUCAAUUUUCUAGGAAAGAUUAAGUAAUUUCAGAAUGUUUACCGUAUUUUCUGCACUAUAAGGCGCACCGGAGUAUAAGCUGCAGCAGCUAAAUUAAAUGAUAUUGAAUGAUGUGUACAUAUAUAAGCCGCACUGGACUAUAAGCCGCAGGUGUUUUAAUGUUUAAUUACCAUAUGUAAGGGUUCGUGCACAGAGGGGAUUGUCGGGAAAGAGACAAACUGUCUCGCUCUCGUAAUGUCUGUCUGUCUUGCUCUCGUUCUGUCUCUCGUACCACUCUCGGUUCCACUUUUACUUUUGCGCGCUACCUGUCUCACUCUUUUCCGGCCUCCAGCUUUUCCUGCUGGAGCCCGCCGCUUAAAGGUGGGUGGCGCGGACCGGUCAUAGAGCCCAUUGAGUUAAAGUUGGUGGACUGUAACCUGUAAAAUCCAUAGAUUUAGGAGGUCUUCUAGUGGCCGUUAGCUGUAAAAAAUCCAUAGAUUAGCCGCACCGUUAUAUAAGCCGCAGGGUCGAAAAAUGGGGAAAAAGGCGCGGCUUAUAGUCCGAAAAUUACGGUAGUUAUGACAUUUAGCUGGCUAAGUAACACAUUGUUCCUGCUUUCUGGAACAGCCCCCUGCCUAGCCUGGAUCCCAACCUGAAUUGUGCUGUUUUCACUAUUGUUUCACAAACGGUUUCAAUGAAGAGAUGGUUCAGCCAGACUGAAGUCUGGUGGCCAUGCUGUGAUGACCACAAUUGUGAAGUGAACCAAUUGUGUGAAAUGGAGCAAUUCAGUUUGGGAUCCAGGCUUACCCCCCACUGCCCCACCUUCCCCUGUACCACCCAACCCCACUCUCCUAUGUGACCCAAGUGCUUACAGCCUUCCAUGCUUUUGUGUUCAAAUGAAGUGGAUGAUUAGUUUAGAUAUUGUAUCCCCCAGUUUCACAGCUUGGCUGACAUUUCUCUCUCCUCUCUCUUUUAUCCCUUUGUUAAGUUCUUUAUUAUUUAGGUUUCAUUGGUAUUUUGUUCAUUACUUAAGAGGGAACCAUGUUUUUAAUGACUUUGAGCAUAUUGCCAUUCUCAUAACUAUUAUCAUCAAUCGAUUGUCUGUUUUAUUCUUGUUGUGUUGAUAGACGGAAGGAGGAGGAUUUUUCAUUUCUUGAAUGUAAAAAAUCAAGUAAUCAGGUUAACACUUGGGUACUCCAGCUUUUAUUUGAUUGGCUAAGGUAUAAGAUAUGCUUUUAUUUAAUUGGCUAUAUUAGAUAAGCUUUUUAUUUCAUUGGCUAAGCUAUAAAAACAAAACAUGUCCGCCCCACCUUUAAUGUGACAAACAUUUUGAUAAAAUCAGUUUGAUAAAAAAGCACUCAAGUCCUGACAAAUGUAGUAAUGUGUGUAAACAUUGCUUUUAAGCAAAAACCUCCCCAAUAUUGGUACUUCAUUGCUGGAUAAUAGCCCUUUAGACUUUAGUGUUGGAGAGCACAUGUGAAUGCUGUUUUGUGUAACUGGUUUGGGUGCUUCAAUGUGAGAACUAAAUAUCAUGUAAAAUGGACAGAUUAAUUGGUACAAAGCAACAAAAAAAGUCAAGUCCUUUUUGCUUUUCUUUCAUGUAUACCUGAAAAUUAUUGUACCAUUGUUUGGAUAAAAUUGCUGUGAUGUUUGAUUGAAUAUUUGGAUUAGCAUUCCGUUUCUUCAUCUAGUUUAUAAGUUUGAUGUUCACCUUGCAUAGUGGGACCUAUUGUGCUUCUGUGAUAAUAAAAGUAAGAAAAUACCAUUGUCUCCCUGUCUCUUAUGCAUAGUCUUAUGGAUUUUUUUCCUAUUCUGUAUUGUCUUGUUCUUUGUUAAUGCACUUUACAUUUUUAUUUGAUUUAAACAAAAACACACUAGAUGUGACACAUUUGCAUGAUCAUGGGGGCAGUGGUUCUUAUUCCAGAAGUUGACCACAAGUGUAUACUAGUUACUGUUCAGUAUUUCUUUGCAAUAACAUUUUGACAGUUCAAACACUUAACAUCUCUCUGAUAGUUUAAAUAUAUGCGGAGUGAAAUGCAAUUGAUUGAAUUAAAGGCAGCCAAUUCUGAUCUUUUGCCACUAAUUGGUAUUUUUGACAAAUGCAAUCUUGUGCCAAUAAUUAGGCAAAGAUCAGAAUUGGGCUCCCUGUGUAAACGGAGCAGUAGUUAUUCAAAUGGGUUCCAUGGCUUAUUCAAUUUGUCUUUGCUAUGUCAACUGUAUUGGAGGAAGAGGGCCAAGGUCCUCUCCCUUCGGACCUUCUGAUGCAUUUUGAGGAUGCGCGGAAUCAAGAGAUUAAUUUAAUAAAAAGCCCUUGUUCGCACACUAGGGCUACAUUCCCAUUCUCUACCCUUCUCCAGAAGUAUGCACUCGUACACUCCCCCCCUCAUGGAUUUAAAAGUAAUGGACUGGUGUGAGGAAUGUGGUUGAAAUGCCAUCCAGCUAUGCUUGCACUAAUCCAAUUCUUUUAAAUUCAUACUAGUGCACACUUCAGGAGAAGGUUAGAGAAUCAGAACACAGCCCUAUUAAUGUUUGCACAGUAAGCGAAAUAGGUCAGUUACAAAAUGAGGGUAUGGUAUUACAGGCUUGAAAACAGUGUAAUACGAUGUUACUCCACUAGGUGGCAGCUCACCACAAGGGAACGCUCCUUCCUUCCCACCAUGAGGUCAACAACCACAAUAUUCCCUGUUAUCGCCUGCACCAUUUUGUAUGUAUGGCGUUUUACCUGCACAAUCGAGGUGAGAAAUCCUGUUUAGUCUACUCAGUCAAGACUACAUGGCUGUACUCCACCAUUUUUUAUGUAUGGCAUUGGUUUCUGCAGAAUCCAAGGGUGAAAUAAUCCUCUCCCUAGUCCCUACACUAAAGACAACCUUAGUCACAGACAGUGACUACCUUCUCACUGAGUUUAUCUCUGAUCAUUAAAAUGGAAACGUUGCAGUGGCACUACAUCUCAUGUUCUUUGUAUGUAUGCGGUAUCACCUGCAGAAUCCAGGGGUGAAAUCCUCUACUCAAGAAAACCUGGCUCUAUUCUACCAUCAGUCAUUCUGUGAUUACCUUAUCCAUGGGUUUAUCUGUCUGGGUUUUAAAGUGGAACCGUUACGUUGCACUCAAUGGCACAGAAAGUCUAACGUUCCAUCCUGCAGACUCAGCUCAGCGUUCGGGACUAUUUACACUUCAUCAUAGAAACUGUUCGCCUAGUAUAGUAACAAGGCCAUAGCACAGCACCUGGCUGAGGCUCUAGUACACUAAUCAGCUCAGCUGUUGAGUAGGUAAUAGGUACCUACCUAUACAUGGGGCCCCUAAGCAUUAACAUUCUAAAUCUCAAGACUCACCUAUGUAUAGAGAGGCUGCGUUUUAACAGGCAGCCCAAUUCAGAUAUUUUGCCCAAUUAUUGGCAAAAGAUCUAAUCUGAUUGGUCAAAAGACCAAUUAGUGGCAGAAGAUCAGAAUUGGGCUGCCUGUGUAAACGCAGGCAAGUUUCUCCUUCACUCCCCUUCACAGAUGUUAUAGCACUGGGUAUGUAAAAGCAAUAGAAACUAGGUGGAAUCUGAAUAUGAGGUGGAGUGACAGGGGCAGAGAGGAAGGUAUAUCUUCUUGGCAUUAAUGGCAGCCAGAACCCAAUGUUUCAGCUGAGGCCCGCAGAAGCCCAGCUUGGGAGAAAUCUGAACAGAAAAUAGUUAGUUUUCUGGAAUCAAAAUAUUUAAUAGGUACAUAAAGUAUUAUUAUACCAUGUAUAAAAUUUCAGAUCACAAUAUGAAGCAAUGAAACUCUUCAAUCAGGCUGACACCGCAGCAGGUAAAUGUUGCCACAUAAAAAUAAUAACUAAUGACUAAAAUUGAAUAGGCAACAAAAAUUAUAGAAAAAUGGCAUAUGUUGUAGUAGCAUUUUAAGAAAUUAUAGACAUUACUUUUUUCUUUUCAACAUAUUUUUUCUUCAAUAAAAACAUAGAACACAACACUAAUGCUGAAGCGAAGCGUCCACUUGACGUCUAGACAGUUACUGUAGUCCACGGUAGUGGUAGAUAGAGUACACGACUGGGGGGCAGGUAAGGUUGCAAAAUGUUCCCAACAUUUUCAAAGGUUUUCUAAAUUAUCCCAGUUGAAGGAUUCCUAGAUUUCCUGCUUUCUCCCUCCUGAUUCCGUGAAUCUUUCAACCAGGAUUUCUGGAAAACCUGGGCAUUUUGGACAGUUACCGGAAUCUUGCAACCCUAGGGGCAGGGGGGGGACGAGCUCACAGAGGAGAAGGAGACUAUUAGCUUGCGAGUCGAUACAGAAGAGAGGAAAUUAUUUUCUGUUCUGUAUAUUAGCGCCUUGAGCGGUAGGAAUGAAUGCACAUCACAGUUUGCUGCUUUAGAGACCAUAGCAUCAUUUAAAACAUUUUGCAUUUGCAUGUCUUUAAAAAAUCCUGAAUUCUUUGAAUGAAAAGGACAUCACCACAAAAACAAACAAAAAAGGAACGGAGAUCAUCAGAGAGAAGGAGAGAGGGAGGAACAGGCUGAACUUCAAAUGGACCAAUAACAAAGAAAGAAACUAACAUUGUACACUACAUUUCCCAUCACCCCCCUUCCCUAGGUUGUGACCCCGAACCCCUGACCCCUAUAGGUGCUGAACUCAGGCACCUUCCCCCUGGAGGCUACGUA